AUGGACCAGCAGUGGUCCCCCUACGUCGACAAUCCGGCAUCGAACCGCCAGGCGCGGUAUGCUCCUCAGACCUUGGCGUCUCCGCGAGACCCAAGCGCUCCCUCGAUCAAACAAGAGGCCUAUGUCUCGCCCCCGGCCCCGUCGCGCUCAGCAACAAUGUCGCUCGCGUCUCCCGGAGCUGCCCAGGGACGCGAAUACAACGGCGACGGAGACGGUGACGUGCCCAUGGAGGACGCCGACCCCUACAAGCCCAAAUACGCCCAACGGGCAAACCACCAGCAGAGGAACUCUCAGCACUUCAUCGAGCAGGAGAAAUCUGCUGCCGCGCUCCGCUAUUCACCUAUGAACCUUUCCCCGACCUCCCCAUACGGCUCGACGCCCCAGCAGCCGCAAAGCGGCUACACUAGCUUUACUCCGCAAGCUGCGCAAGGCAAUCGCCAAUCGCCAACUCGGUCGAACCCCUAUAUGUCUCCGCCGCAAAGCUACUACUCCCCUCCAGCUUCUCGCCCUCACGCCCCCCAGCUUCCUCCCAUACAGUCCAACAUGUCCAACAUGAGCCCUGAAAGCUACUAUCCUCAAUCGCAAUCCGCAACCGCGCAACUGAACGCAGUGUAUAACAGGGACGCUAGGUCGCCGCGGUCUGCAAACCCAAACCCUCCACAAUUACCUCCCAUUAGUCGGGGAGCUGUGCCCAAGUUUUCCAAAUGCAGCAGUCUUGCCGAGCUGGAUCCCAAAGUCAAUACCCAGCCUCCUUUCCGGAGAGCAAAUCCCGAGGGCGGGUUUAUAAGUCCUCUGCAAGCUCUGACCACUCAUCUACCCUCGACUUACCGGAUAUGUAACCCCGGCUUCAAGUACGAGUCGUCACGAAAUCCUCGGCGAGUCCUUACGAAGCCUAGCAAAGGCGUCAAGAAUGAUGGAUAUGACAACGAAGAUAGUGAUUACAUUCUCUACGUCAACGAUAUUCUUGGCUCAGAAGAAUCCGGACACAAGAAUCGUUACCUGAUCUUGGACGUUCUCGGUCAAGGUACCUUCGGCCAGGUUGUCAAGUGUCAGAACCUCAAGACUCAAGAGGUGGUGGCUGUCAAGGUUGUCAAAAAUAGGACAGCAUACUUCAAUCAGAGCAUGAUGGAGGUCUCAGUUCUCGAUUUGUUGAACAAGCAAAUGGACAAGAACGACGACCACCACCUGUUGCGUCUGAAGGACACAUUUAUUCACAGACAGCAUCUUUGUCUAGUGUUUGAACUACUCAGCGUCAAUCUUUACGAGCUAAUCAAGCAGAACCAGUUCCGAGGACUGAGCACCACGUUAGUUCGCGUAUUCGCCCAGCAACUGAUUAACGGUUUGGCUUUGCUAGGCAAGGCGAAACUAAUACACUGCGAUCUCAAACCCGAGAACAUAUUGCUGAAGAAUCUUGAGUCCCCGAUAAUAAAGAUCAUCGAUUUUGGCUCCGCGUGCGACGAGAGGCAAACUGUCUAUACGUACAUCCAAUCGAGGUUCUACCGAUCACCGGAGGUUUUGCUUGGUCUGCCAUAUUCUGCUGCCAUAGAUAUGUGGUCGUUGGGCUGCAUCGUUGUCGAAUUGUUCCUUGGUCUACCUUUAUUCCCUGGUUCCUCAGAGUACAACCAAGUUUCCAGAAUUACAGAGAUGCUUGGACACCCGCCAACCUGGAUGUUGGAAAUGGGCAAGCAGUCGGGCGAGUUCUUCGAAAAGGCGCAUGACGAUUUCGGAAGACGAACAUACCGGCUGAAGACGAUGGAGCAGUAUUCGCGAGAGCACGGUUCCAAGGAACAACCGAGCAAGAAGUACUUCUCGGCUACGACGCUGCCAGACAUCAUCAAAAACUAUCCUAUGCCCAGGAAGAACAUGAAGCCGAACGAGAUCGAAAGAGAAAUGGCAAACCGGACAUCUUUCAUCGACUUCGCGCAAGGACUGCUCAACCUCAACCCACUGGAACGAUGGACUCCUAACCAGGCCAAACUGCAUCCGUUCAUCACUCAAGCCAAGUUCACCGGUCCUUUCGUACCGCCUAUGACGCUACGAACAGGCUCUAGUAGGUCGCCUGCGCCAGGCGUUCAAGAACAACAGCGUGCGGAAGCUUUAAGCAAACAGAGAGCCCAAGCAGCGGCUCAAGCCCAAGCUCAAGCAGUCGCUCAGAGUCAAGCGUAUGCCAACAUGCAGAUCAACCAGCAGUAUGGACAGCAAACGCCUCACGCGCAAGCUCCGAAUAUGUACAACAACAUAUACAGUCCGAGUCACCAACAGGCGCCACCGCCAUACCCUGCGCAAGCCACCUAUGGACAGCAAAUGGGUGUUAUGCCGCAAGGACAGGCUCAACGCUAUAACGCGCAACCAAACCUGUAUGCUCAGGCUACCACCAGAGCCGGCCGACAACGGGCUUCUACGAUGGACCAGCAGCAGAGCGGUAUCCCACCUGCCUUGCAACGUGUGAUUAGCCACCUGGAUCCAAACGCUCCUAUUCGCCUGCAGCCCAGCCCAGCCUAUUAUCCACCACCGCCCGAAGGCGCCCCGGAUUCCGCUGGCGGUGCGAGACGACGCGCAAGCCGAGCUGGAGGCUCUCAGAAUAGAAGCAACCGAGACUUCAUUCGAAAUCUGGAAGACCGCACCCUGGAGGAAGGUUUUAUGAAUCAGUCGCAUUGGUGA